AAAAAAGGUCUGCCGCGGAAGACCAAGAAAUCUAAAUCGACCGGGGACUCUGCUCAUGCUCCUAUUGUGCAUGACCAAGGUUCUGCAACUUCCAUCACUGUGUCAGAGGAAUCUCAUGUCCACAUAAGUGGCGAUUCUGGCACGGAGACCGAUGUGACAGUCGACGUAGUUGAGGACGACGACCACGAUGUUACCGAUCUAGGACCACUGAUUCUCGGUAUUGAGGAUGAGGGCGAAACUGUCCCCAGCGCAGGCAUUCCUCCCAACGUGGAGGUGAAAUCUCCACAGGAAGAAGACGAUAAAGCAGAGACUGGAUCUCUAACUGAUUCAGUUGCUACAGUGGAUGCAAUUCGUAGACAGUAUUCCAGCGGAGUCCCCGACAACACAGUGAUCGCUCUAAAAUUAUCUAAGAUGGAACUUCCCCCGAGUCUUUUACCCACUACCGCUCCAUUUGACGACUAUACUCUAGAUGAGAGGCGAGCUCAUUGCAACCAUGUUCAGUUCGGGGGAUGGACGGUGGAAGGUUACGUUCCUGAGUCUUAUACUGAGCUGAAACGUGCUCCUAGGCGUCACCUAGCGAAAAGAAAGUUAGACGACCUGCAGGCGUAUCUGGCUUUUUUUUCAGAUAUGGAAAUCCACAUGACAAUUGCUAUGAACCAAAUGAUCAACUAUACCAUCAUCCAUUUUAAAAAGUACCCAAACAGCAGCCAAUUUCUUGCUUUCAUAGGCGCCGGUCCCUUUUGGCGAUAUGCACCUAUAUCUCGGGAGGACUGCCCUUGGCCUGAACCCGGUAAACAGCCUCACAACCACCGCGCCCUGCGACACGAAUUCUAUGACCUAUUCAGUGACAUAUACUUUGAGAUAGGGACUGUCCGUUCUGAUAACGAACUAACCAAGAUCAGACAGAUAUACUUUAUGAAGGCGACAGGGACAUUAGGUUAUCGACCGAAGGCUGAGGCGGAAGUAAAGGAUGCUGGUUCGAGUAGUAAAUCGGGGAGUAGUCAAUCAAGGGGUAGCCAAUCAGAGGGUACUCGAACAGGAGGUAGGCGAGCAGGAGGUGGUCAGGUCGAGAAUAAUAAAGCAGAGGACAGUAAAGGGUUGGAUGGUCAAGCGGGGACGAUUCAAUUGAAGGGCAGUUCGACACGCAUGAGUACGCGUUCAAAAGGACAGAAAUAAACGAUACAGUAUGAGGCCUUGAAGGGCAGUGUUACCAUGCAUCAUGUAGUGAACUUGGCGUUCCUGUUGUCCUUUUCGACCGUCAUUCACUGUUAGAAGAUUAGAAGACGCGGAACAGAAAUUGAAAGCUUUUCACCCUUAAGGCCUCAUUAACAUUGCUUUUAUUCAAGUCCCCCAAACCUUCCUCCUCUCCCCCGUAUCCCAGCUCUCCUCGCCCUCUGCACCGGCACAAUUCUCAUGACCACAUACACAAUAGCAAAAAUCCCUCCCGAAAAGACGGAUGUACAC